AUGGUUGUCCACAACGUCAAGAGCAAGGAGGAGUUUGCCGAGACCCUCGAGAAGCACAAGCUCGUUAUCCUCGACGCCUUCGCUACGUGGUGCGGUCCCUGCAAGGCCAUCGCUCCCAUCCUGGCAAACCUGUCCAACACCAAGGAGCACGAAGGUCUUCGCUUCGUGAAGAUCGACGUCGACGAGGUCCCCGACCUGAGCCAGGACCUUGGCAUCCGCGCCAUGCCCACUUUCCUUAUCUUCAAGAACGGCGAGAAGGUCGAGGAGGUCGUUGGUGCCAACCCCAACGCCCUCACUGCCGCCGUCAAGAAGUUCGCUGCUGAGUUCCCCCCCGUCGCUGCGACGGAGGAGAAGGCCGAGUAA